AUGGCUCCCAACGGCAAUCCGAAGGCGAGGAACGGUGCUGGUGUCGCCCAUGGAAGACCCAACGCUGCGAGGCGUGUCGUCCCCGUUAUUCCCCUCCCCAUGGACCGUCGCGUCAAGGCCAAUGCUGCUGCGAAGCAGGCCGCUGCUGCUGCCCAAGCCGCCGCUAUUGCGACCCAUCCUCGACCCGCCAUCACGAACGGCUCUUCUUUGAAAAUCCAGCACGACGUCGACUCCGCUCCCAACACCCCCAAGACCAUCGAGCUCGAGAUUGCCACAGACGACAACGACAAGGGAAAGCCCGUUGUUGCCAAUAAUGGUGCCGAGGAGACGCCUUCACCUGCCGACGCGGAAGUCGAUGACACAAAGGAUCGCGAAGCUACCGAUUCUCAGGAGUCUUCUGCCGCCAUCCCGACCCCGUCCACGACCGAAGAGUCCGAAUCCACCGACAAGACCGCCGACCAAGACCUCCCCCGCUCUGGUGAAGACCCUGUUCGAGGUAUGCCCGCCCUUGGCACUCGCAACUCCGGCCACCAAUUCUCACAUACCGCAGGCAAUAGUCACGUCACCUCUCCGCCCGCGAUCCGAGUUGCGAAGAAGGGUAGGAACUUUGAAUCUUGCGAUAUCAUCAUGCCGCAAAGUCCUAAUCACCAUGCCACAGACAACGCUCACCAGCAUCCGUCAACCUUCCGACCCCCUCCCGUCAUUCCUCCGACGCGUUACAACAUGCCACCCAAUGGCCAUAAUGGCCACAAUGGCUCGCGCCCUUCUCCCGUCGUCAUCAACGGCACCUCUCACCGGGGCCCUCGAUCAGUCCACAACGGUCCUCCACACAUGCAUGGCCCGCGUCCCAGCAACGGAAGCCUCCAGUUCGGCGGUUUUGCUUCCAACUCGUCUUCUCCGGCGCCUCCUCACUCGGGAGGCUUCAUGCCCCCUCCCGGCAUGCCUCUUCCCGACGGGCGUUCUUUCAGCGGUGCCGCCAACGGGUUCCACCGCCAGAUGCCCUACGGUACCGAGUUUGUGCCUGGCACAGGUGUAGAUGGAUUCGGCCGACCUGUUCCAGGUUAUGGAGGCAUGGAGCAGUACCCUCCUCAUCUCAAUGGUGGCUACGGACCUUCGACUCCUCAUAGUUUCCAGGGGUCGCACUCUUCGGCCCAUGCAGAUGACACUGGUGCCUACAACCACUACCCCGCGCCUGGUGUCCCCAACGGUACAGCCCAUGUCGAUGACGCUCGUCCUCACCCUCCUCCGGCCGGAGCUUUCGGUGGACCGCCCCAGCGAAUGAUGCCUGGGCCUAUCCCGCCCCCGCACAUGAUGCACCCCGGUCAUGAGCACCAGGGACUCGACGACAUGGCCGCAUACCUACGAUCGCAGUUCAGGGACCCUGCCUUUGCUGACUGCACUCUGGAGCUCCGAUACCUCGACGAUCGGGCUCCUCCCGUUCGCCUUCCAGGCCACCGUCUUGUUCUUGCCAGAAGCCAAGCCGUCCGCAACGUUCUAGAGGCCGACAACGUCGAAUCCAGCUCGCCCGGCGCUAACCGCACCAUCCUCCUGCAGUCCGAUGAUAGGUACCUCCGAUCUGAUGCCUUCUGGAUGGCCGUUCAGCACUUGUACGCCUUCCCCCUCUUGGACAUGCCUGAGCCAGCUUCCAAUGGCAACUUCACCAUGGCCGGCAACGCCGAUGACCGCUUCGACUUUGCUCUCGGCUAUGCUGCCGCCGGCCAUAUCCUGGCAUGGCAGCCUAUCGUCUUCCGUGGCCUGGAGAUAGCGUCCCAUUCCCUGAGCUGGUCGACUCUUGAGCGUGCUCUUGGCUUUGCCCUCGGUGAUCUGCCCAGUCGCGCUUCAGCUGACAGACACAGCCAGUUCGUCUAUGGCGAGCCUGUUCACGUUUUGAUGAAUGGUAUAAUCUCGUUCAUCAUCAACAACUUCCCGCCCGACUUCACUCUGGAUACGUCUGUCGCUGAGCCAGAGCGUUUUGCCCGUCUCCCUAUUGCUUCCACAUCGCUCCCGCCCCGCGAAGGAACGCCCACUAUUGCUCGCGGAACGGCUGACCAAGAUCGUCGAGCCGGCCCCAUGCACAUUCAGUUUGGUGACCUUGCUUUGGGCCCUGAUAACACAUCGAAUGGCUCGGAUUCGACCUCACAACCCUCUCAGCAACACAACAUCCGAUCGACUCUCUCUACCAUUCUCAUCAACCUCCCGUUUGCGUACUUGAAGCCGGCUCUCGAGUCCAGUGGCUAUGGUAAUGUCAAUGGAUGGGCGAACGUCGAGGCUCGGCACCACAUUAUGCGGGCCGUUGUCUCGGAGCGGGAGAAUAGACGGUCCAGAGUUGUUGAGGCUGUCAGAUCUGGUGCGGUACUGCAUGCGGAGUCCAUCCUGUAUAGCCUGCAGAGUGCCGAUCCCCACCAGAAUGAGGAAUGGCAUGCCCUUGGCUGGCGCGAGGACGUGGUCUCGUACGUUAACGGCGACGCGCCGUCCCUCGGCCGGCAGUGGGUUCCGUUGAUGGCGGCGCCGCAGCAGAACGGCACCGACCAUGUGGAGGCUACCAGCCGAGCGGCCUAUCCUUGA